CACCGACGGCAGUGACUACUACAGCACAAUUUAGACAAAGCAGAGGCAUUUAAGCUGCAAAAACUACUUUUCUGACAGCUAAUAAGAUAGCAGUCUGGCUAAGGCUAAGCCAUAACAGAAAAUGAUCAGCAGAAUCCUUGCACAGCUGGUGGGAAGAGAAGAGAAGGACAGUGAUGUUGCAGAGGAAACUGAUAACUGUGCAAACCUCCUUGAGUUUGAUGAUGGAGAAUGGGUUAUCAUAAAGAUACACGAGAAUCAGUCACUUGGCUCAGCUGACACCAACAUUCUUGAGAACCUGUUAAUCGAGCACCCCAGCAUGUCUGUGUACCAGAUGAGGCCUGAUCAGGGAGACCUCGGUUCGGAUGAAGAAACAGAGGAUGUGGCUAGGCCAGUGCCAGUCAGCCGUCACGUUUCUUGGCGGUUAGCAGCAUGGGGCAGCCCCUUGCCCUGCAGCACCAUUCUGCUCUCAGUGCAGCGUGCCAGAGUCUAUAAUGAGCACAGGAAGCUGACCCGCGGCGCCCUCAACAGGCAAAACCUCGCAAGAACACGCUAUUCACCUUCUGAGCGGCGUUAUGGCUACUUCAAACAGCCCACUCAGCGCCUGUACAACAACUGAGCAAAUGAUCAAUUUCAUCUGAAACCACUGAACAUACAGGAUUUGAUAAGUGAAUAGUGGUUUAAGGGGGUAUGUUUGCAAAUUAGGACAUGAAACCAUUCCCCUGUAAGACUAGGAUGGAUUAAGAAAAAUUAUUACAUGCAGUGUGGUAUUAUUAUCUUCAGGAAGAAGUCUCACUGUC